ACAAGUUUCCUGUUACGCCGAACUCUCGUUCACUUUGUUCAAGUCUGUCGCCGGAUUAGCAUAGACUUUGUGAUUUCUCAUUCAAUUUAUUCGAGACUCGUAUAAACCAAGAUGGGCAAGGAAAAGAUUCACAUCAACAUUGUCGUGAUUGGACACGUCGACUCCGGCAAGUCCACCACCACCGGUCACUUGAUCUACAAGUGCGGUGGUAUCGACAAGCGUACCAUUGAGAAGUUCGAGAAGGAGGCUCAGGAGAUGGGCAAGGGCUCGUUCAAGUACGCAUGGGUUUUGGAUAAAUUGAAGGCUGAGCGUGAGCGUGGUAUCACCAUUGAUAUCGCUCUGUGGAAGUUCGAGACUUCCAAGUACUACGUGACCAUCAUUGAUGCUCCCGGCCACAGAGAUUUCAUCAAGAACAUGAUCACUGGUACCUCCCAGGCCGAUUGUGCUGUCUUGAUUGUUGCUGCUGGUACUGGUGAAUUCGAGGCCGGUAUUUCCAAGAACGGUCAGACUCGCGAGCAUGCUCUGCUUGCUUUCACUCUGGGAGUCAAGCAACUGAUUGUUGGUGUCAACAAGAUGGAUUCAUCUGAGCCACCAUACAGCGAGUCCCGUUAUGAGGAAAUCAAGAAGGAAGUGUCUUCGUACAUCAAGAAGAUCGGCUACAACCCGGCGGCUGUUGCCUUCGUGCCCAUUUCCGGAUGGCACGGUGACAAUAUGUUGGAACCAUCGACCAACAUGAACUGGUUCAAGGGAUGGAAGGUGGAGCGCAAGGAAGGUAAUGCUGAAGGCAAGACCCUCAUCGAUGCCCUCGAUGCUAUCCUGCCCCCCUCCCGCCCAACCGAGAAGCCCCUGCGUCUUCCCCUGCAGGAUGUCUACAAAAUUGGCGGUAUCGGAACAGUACCCGUCGGUCGUGUGGAGACUGGUGUCCUGAAACCUGGCUGCCUUGUUGUCUUUGCCCCAGCUAACAUCACCACUGAGGUUAAGUCCGUGGAGAUGCACCACGAAGCCCUCACCGAGGCCGUUCCCGGUGACAACGUUGGUUUCAACGUUAAGAACGUCUCCGUUAAGGAGCUGCGUCGUGGCUAUGUUGCCGGCGAUUCCAAGGCCAACCCCCCCAAGGGUGCUGCCGAUUUCACCGCUCAGGUCAUCGUGCUGAACCACCCUGGCCAGAUUGCCAACGGUUACACACCAGUGUUGGAUUGCCACACCGCUCACAUUGCUUGCAAGUUCGCUGAGAUCAAGGAGAAGGUCGAUCGUCGUUCCGGCAAGACCACUGAGGAGAACCCCAAGUUCAUCAAGUCUGGUGAUGCUGCCAUCGUCAACUUGGUGCCCUCCAAGCCUCUGUGCGUUGAGUCCUUCCAGGAGUUCCCUCCUCUAGGUCGUUUCGCUGUCCGUGACAUGAGACAGACUGUCGCUGUCGGUGUCAUCAAGGCUGUCAACUUCAAGGAUGCUUCCGGUGGCAAGGUCACCAAGGCCGCCGAGAAGGCUACCAAGGCCAAGAAGUAGCUGGUUUCUAUCAAUAACAACAAAAUUAUGAUGAAGCAGCCACAACCCAACAACAGCAACAACAAUAACAGCAGCAGCAACAACAACAGCAACAAUGAUAAGCACAACAGUAGUCGAACACAAACACCUGUCCUGGGCAAGAUGAAUGAUAAGAUGAUGUUCCAGCAAAAGCAAAAAUUUAAUUUUUUCCAUCGUAAAGAAUUUCGUCGGAUACGAAUGUUAAACGCCAUCGCCGCCUAGACGAUUGAGUGGAAGAUGGAGCACACACACUGCAGAUUUCA